UUCACAUUAGUUAAUUUCCAGACAUAAACUAUUAUUACCAAGAGAAGUUUCUAUAAAACAAUUACUCAAAAGUUUUUACUAUUAUUAACUGAAAAACAAAAAUGAAGACUAAUUUUCUCUUUUAUAUUUUUACAAUUUCUACUUUUGUUAGUGUCCAUUCAAAACUACUUCACUUUGAUUGGGUUGUUUCAAUUUCCUCUAAUGCACUCAUUGGAGAUCCUAAAGAGGUUAUUAUGAUCAAUAAUCAGUUUCCAGGGCCCCUUUUGAACACAACAACAAAUGAUGUGGUCAUUGUCAAUGUUUAUAACAACUUGACUGAACCUUUCCUCAUGACAUGGAAUGGAGUGCAAUUAAGGAGGAAUUCAUGGCAAGAUGGAGUUGAAGGAACCAAUUGUCCAAUUAUGCCUGGAAAAAAUUGGACAUACAAAUUUCAGAUGAAAGAUCAGAUUGGAAGUUUCUUCUAUUUUCCUUCACUCUUUUUCCAGAAAGCUGCUGGAGGCUAUGGUCCUAUUCGAAUCAACAACGUUGAGACUGUUCCUCUUCCAUUUACGCGUCCUGAUUAUGAAUAUGAUAUACUAAUUGGAGAUUGGUAUUUUGAUGAGUAUAAGGACUUGAGAAUUUCUCUAGAAGAUGGAUGCAAAAUGCCUUUUCCAGAUGCCAUUCUCAUCAAUGGUAUGAGAUCUGAUCAAGCUACCUUUGAGUUUCAACCCGGGGCUACCUAUAGAUUGAGAAUCUCGAACAUAGGAUUAAAAACAACCUUAAAUUUCAAAAUCCAGGAUCAUGAAAUGCUUUUGGUGGAGACUGAAGGAGCCUACACUUCAAAAAAGUACCACCAAAGUCUAGACAUCCAUGUUGGUCAAUCUUAUUCUGUUCUUGUUACUGCAAAGAACCACAGCUAUAAUAGCUCGUAUCAUAUGGUGGCCUCUUCGCGAUUCAUCCCCAGGAAACUUUCAGGUCUUGCUAUUAUACGAUAUCCCAAUUUUGAUGUUGAACCCUUGGUUGCUGUUUACCCUGAUGAACCUUCUCAGGACGAGUUCAGAUUUUCACUGGAACAAGCUCUAUCAAUAAGGACAGAUUUAUUAGUAGGAGCUGCGAGGCGUAAUCCUCAAGGAUCUUAUGUAUAUGGAAGCAUUAACAUAAGCCGGACACUGAUCCUCCAGAACGGUGAGGCAGCGUUGGAUGGACAAAAUCGAUACACAGUGAAUGGGGUAUCGUUUUUGCACCCGAGAACACCACUGAAGCUGGCAGAUUAUUUCCAGCUAAGUGAUGUUUUCGAGCCUGGUUUUCUUCCUGCUUCACCAGUAGAUGAUGUUCCUAGACUUGGUAUCUCAGUCAUUGAUGCCAAUUAUCAUGAUUUUGUUCAUAUUGUUUUCCAAAAUCCGUUAGACUCGUUACAAACGUGGCAUUCUGAUGGAUACAACUUCUUUGUUGUCGGAAUGGGACGCGGUAAAUGGGAGGUGGAAAAGAUGGAAACAUACAAUAUGAUUGAUGCUAUUUAUCGCUCAACGAUUCAGGUGUAUCCAUAUUCAUGGACCGCGAUACUAAUAAAGUUGGACAAUCAAGGGAUGUGGAAUCUGAGAUCACAGGAUGCAGAAAAAUGGUAUCUUGGACAAGAAUUGUAUAUAAAAGUGAAAGGAGAUGUGAAUGAUCCUUCCAAGAUUUCUCCAAGAGAUGAAGCUCCAAUUCCUGCAAAUGUUAUUAAAUGUGGAAAAGUUGCUGAUUUAUAAAUUUUGAUUGUUAGUAAUAGUAUUGUUUUAAUAAUAGACUUUAGAGUAAGCCAAUAUAUAUAAGCCUUUGAUUACUUCUUCAUUUUUAAAGGAUUGGAAAUGGAAUUGUGUUUCAUAGAAAAUAUUAUCUCCGUACAUAAAAUUUAGUAAAAAUUAGAAGUGAAUAUCCCACAUCGCAGAAUGAAGAGAGUUAUGGCUGGUUGGCUAGAAUAAACAAUGGAGUCUGUGUGCUCAGUUAAAGUAUGAUCCUUCAGGCAAGUUUUAAUGGGAUAUGAUAGGUGGUCAAUACUCGCAAUAAAAUAUGCGAGAUGGGCGUUCCAGCUCAGCCUGGUUACGACAAUUUGAGCGCUCUCGUUCAAACCAAUCUGAUCCCUA